UCAUGAAUCUUCCUCUCCUCCAUUAUUAUUACGCCACUUGGCAACUUCAGUAUCAGGAAAAAAUAUGACUGUGUGGCUCCGUACAGACUACUGCUGAAGUGAGAAGCUAACAUAAGAAAAGAGAUGCUGCUUAAUUACAUUCUGAAUUCCCCGUUAAUGUUUGUAGAACUACAUCAGUAUAGAGAAAAAGAAGUUGAAGAUUAGUGUUCUCCGAUAGAAAAUCCCACCAUUUCGGCACCACAAAAAAUUUCACUGAAUAAAAAUUAGUAGAAGAAUUGAAAACAUGUCUAUGUCGUUUUUAUCAUCACCUCAACAGAGUUUUCUGGCCAACGCUCUGCUUUCAUCAACUCACAAGCUGCAAACCAAGAUUCCCACUUGUGCUCACUCCACCAUCUCAUGCAGAUACCACCAAGAUGAUCACAAGGAUUCUCUCAGGAAAAAUGAGAACCAAUUGGCGAAGUUGGCUAUGGUUGCUUUGACAGCUGGGGUUUUGACUCUGGGUUCAGUUUCUGAUGCUUCAGCUGCGAAGUCUGCCGGUAGAGUCGGUGGUCAAGCUUUUCGGUCAGCUCCACGGUCCGCCCCUCGGUCGCCUCCUAGAAUCAACAAUAAUUCAAGGACAAACAUAUACAUAAAUCCUCCCGUAGCCCCACCAUUAGUUGGUGGAUACGGCUAUGGUUAUGGUGUGCCCUUCUUUGGAGGUUGGGGAUGGUCUCCAUUUUCUUUCUUUGCUCCAGGUCCUAGUGUGGCCGUUGGCAUUGGGGGUGGUUUUGAUACGUUAGUUCUGUUCAUGUUGCUUGGCGCGGUUGCAGCUGUUGUUCGGAGAUUCGCUAGAUCAAGAGACGAAGAUGAGGAUUACUAAUUAACUUAAAAACCUUUUGAUACCAGUGUAAAACAACGUAAAUAGUUAGUCAACUCAAAGGCUGCAAAACAUGUGAACUAGCCCUCUUUUGUAUUCUAUGAAUAUUUUGCCACAAUUUUAUGAUGUAUUGUAAUUAUAUUAUUUACGAUCUUC